AUAAUUUCGGCAUACAAUGUAUACAUGAAUGUAUUGUGUAUAGCACUGUACAGUAACGUAACGGAAGUGAUCCUAGGGAUUUUUAAAUAUCGAAAUACCUUCUCAACAUCGUGCAAUUUAGGCCGCACAGUUUGACGCUGUGGUGAUUGAGGGAAGUAUAUCUUUGCUAUGAUUGGCUUCACAAAUGAAGAGGGAUAGUACCGAGCGAAUGAGAAGGCACGAAAUCUUGCGCAAAUUUGGGUGUGCGAUGGAAUAUGGGGAUAGAAAAUAGCGUCGACCGGAGGUUUGCUAAGUGCGACGUAGAAGGGAGCAUUUGGUAGCGUCUCUGCGAUUCUUGGAUUGGUAGCCUAUUCAUUUGGUGCGGGAAUUACUUCCGGUCAUUUCCGUUCAAUGGCGACGGCGAUGGAUAGUUUAUUUCGAAGCGUGUUGUAGUGUCUUCGCCUUCGAAAUUUCGAGGAGUUUUCCAAUUUCUUUUCCUCGAUACUGUAAUUUUACCACUACAUUACGCGUAUGAACAACAGUGUACCGAUAUUGUUGCAUACGCGGGUGUGUUAAGUUUCGCAGCUUAAUCUCGCAUUGUGUUGGACACUUUUUACCGAAGAAUAAUGGCCGAUAUAGAAGGGAAAAAGUUGACCGAGCUCCGAGUAAUAGAUCUGAAAACGGAGCUCGAACGACGAGGGCUUGAUAAAAGCGGCAAUAAAGCAGCACUCCUCGAGCGUCUUUCAAAGUCCAUAUCUGACGAAGGGAAAAAUCCGGAUGAAUAUCUCAUUGUACCUUGUGGCGGCGUAUGCAAAGUCAGUCCAAGAAAGAAUAGUGUGACCGGUACGACGAAUCCAGAUGAGACAACAGAAAUCGCAGAAACUCAAAAAGAAGAUGUUACAGACGUGCCAGACAUUUCUGAAGCAAAGGUGAAAAUAGAAGUAAAACUUUCCACUGAGAAAGAAUUGACCCCACCGAAGUUGGAGGAAUCUCAAGGGGAAGUCCAAAAUAGCAGUAGCAAGGAAGUAGAGUGCAAAGCAGAACCCAAGAUUCAGGUGAAGGUCGAAUCGGAAGCAUCAGCGGUAAAUGAAGUCGUGGCAAAUUCGGCUUCUACGGUCGAAGCUAAUGGCAUCGAUAACGAAGAUUCUAUUAAUUUGACUAUUGGGGAAGACGAAGAAAAUCUCCUCGCCGAGGAGACCGAGUCUCACGAAAGGCACAAAGAUGGAGGAGAGAAGAAGAAAGUCGAAGAGAACAGCAAGAAGGGAGAGUCUAAAGGGAGCGGUAGAGCAGAAGCCGGCGCCAACAGCAAGGAAGGGACCUCGUCAGGCGCGAACGUCGGGACGAAGAACAAGCAGGACGGUGGAGACGGAAGCAAGAGCACGGAGUCUAGUAACAAGAAUCAAAAAAGGGAUGAUAAAGACAAGAAAAAUUCACAAGUUAGCCCCGUUAACGCGAGCAGCAGAAAUUUAUGGGUAUCCGGAUUGUCUUCGAGCACUCGUGCCACCGAUUUGAAGCAAAUAUUUUCAAAAUACGGAAAGGUGAUCGGCGCGAAAGUGGUUACGAACGCGAGGACACCCGGCGCAAGAUGCUACGGAUACGUGACCAUGUCGACGAGCGAAGACGCCGCGAAAUGCAUCCAGCAUUUGCACAAGACGGAACUCCAUGGCCGCGUGAUAUCCGUCGAAAAGGCGAAAGGCGACACGCAGCAAAGUCACAUGCGAAAACGGGACACCGCCAACGGGAAGUCUGAAAAGAAGGAAGAAAAGGACAAGUUGAAGGAUAAUCACGACACAGCCGACCGGAAGGAGAAAGAGGCGAAAAAGGAAAAGAGCGAAGAGAAGGGAUCGGAAGCAAAAACGUUUAAAUGUGCGGCAGCGAAAAAGUCGGACGAGAAAGGCGAGAUUGGCGAAAACAAGAAGACGGAGGCGCAGGAGAAGAAGGACGAUGCUUUGAAGGAAUCGGACUCGCGAUCGACCAAAUCGACCAGCAAGAAACCGGAGAGCGAGAGAGGACGACGUGACGAGAAGAGGAUUCGGUCGUGGGACCAUCACCGAUCUCACACACGAUCCCGUAGUCGCGAGCGACGCAGACGCGACGAUGUGCUCACGUUCGCAAAGAUCAGGGAAGAACGGGAGAGGCAGAGAUUGCGUGAGAAAGAGCGAAUGCUUCGAGAAGAGGAACGUAGAAGGCGAGAGGAUAUGGAACGACAAAGGGAAAUCGAGCGCAGACACAGAGAAGAGGCAGCACGCUUGGACAGAGAACGAGAGAAGCUUCGUCGGGAACGGGAGAGGAUCGAACAAGAGAAAGCCGAGCUUCUUCGUCUUGAACGGGAACGUCAGAAGCUCGAACGGGAGAAGUUGGAACGUGAGAGGCUCGAACUCAAGAGGCAACAGAUGCGGCUUGAAGAGAGCAGACGUGCGCCUCCUCCGCCCUCCAUAAAGCGGUCCUCCAGCGACAGAAGAGAUCCAAGAGACAUGUACGUCGAACCGGACAGGAAACGCAUAGCCACCGAGCACAGUCGAAGACACACUCCGGAUCGCGUCAGCGAUCGUCGCGGUGAGAUUCUGGAUCGCGUCUCCGACAGACGAUUGGACUCGUCACCGCCUGCUCGUUACGAAUCUAGCAGAUCCACUCAAGACAUAGGAUUGAAGAAAGAAUUUAAGCGCAGCAGUGACUUUACUUCGCGCAGUAGUCGUCCGGAAAGUUUCUCCGACGUUUCUCGCGGUAGGGAAGUGAUCGUUCGCCGAGAACCGCUCAGCACGACCACCUCGUCGAUCGAUCCCCGGCAAGUUAAAGAGAGAUACGAGCGACCAAGCACGACCACGUACACACGCGAGCGCGAAGUGCGUCGAUCCGAACCUGAAACCCAUAGAAGUUCCAGGGACAGUCAUACGCGUUACAGCGAAAGUUUCAAACCCACCGGCUCGACCACGCCGCGUGACAGUCGCUACGUGGAGAGCAAUAGAACGACUAGCAGCUGGCACUCGGGACCGCCUUCCACGAAAUCAUUUAAUUCCGUGCCUAGUAGCGGCACCCGGGAUCCGCGAAACGAACCAUCCAGCUGGAGUUCCAGAUCGUCGGACAACGUAAACAGAUGGAGUAAUUCGAGCAGCAUGGGAAAUACGUUGCGCCAUCCUGUCCCGCCGACUUACCAGAGCGGUCCUAUUCAAUCUAUGGGAUUGACAGCACCUGGAACAGCACCGUCGUACGAUCGCUUCGAUCCUUACAAAUCGUCCAUGCCAAGCAUGAGAAAAUACUGAUUCUCCGUAACCGAUGCGGGACACCGUAACGAAUGAUCCACACCCGGUUCGGUUCUACAACUCGACUCGACCCGAUUCGACCCGACUCGAUUUGUUUCGUUUCGGUUCGGUUCUAGUACGUACAACGCGUUCGCGCGAGGAACCUAUACCCUAUACCUAUUACCUAUACCUACACCACAAUACCAUCCCUAUUUCUACUCCUAUUCUCAUUCGCAAUUUGUAAUUUGAAUUUGCAUCCGCACUUGCAUUCGCCCCAGUCACGUGGGCGACAUGUUUGCGUCGCAUCAAACCGGAAACUUUUAGCGCAAUUUAGCGACUAGUCUUUGUUGCGAUCACCCGCGCGCAGCUUCUAACUUCUGAGACGAUCGCGGGACACGUGAUACGCGAUCGACGAUACCCUUUUCUUUUUUUUUUUCUUUUUACUUUGAUUUCUUAUUUUUUAUUUUUUUCAAUAUGCCACGCAACGCGACCACACGAACAACAGGCACGAAUCGCAACGGUCCGAUCGGUCGUCGCGACAUCAAUGAAUUUUGUACAACCGUGAAUGAACAUUAUACAUAACGAUCGAAUGAUAUUAAUUGUGAAACGCUACUCGCUCUAUUGAUUGCGAUUCCGAUUCCGAUUCCGUUUGUACGAUACGUUGCCGUAUUUUCAUCCAACCAACGCCAAGAUCCCUCGUUCGUUUACAUCGAUGAAUAUAUUCUUCUAGCACGUUAAGGUAUAUUGUAUUUUACAAUUUUAUCGUGUACCUUUAACCGACGAUUACUACGCGGAACAACACGCAUACACUCAAAGAGACACGUACAUGUACACGUACAUCUACACAACACGCACACUUCGAAUCUCUCACGAUUCGACGCGGGCGCGCGCGUACAUAUUCUAUAAGAAUAUGACUGAAUUUGUAUAUUGAAUUCCAUAAGAAUUGUAUAUCGAGCGACGUUGAAAUCUACAUUCAUACGUGAAGCACACGUACCACGUUUCAGUGUAGCAACAAUUAUUACGGUAUAAAUAAAUUUAUGGCAUAUUAGUA